AAGGAAGCGCAUCUCCUUCCUGCGGUAUUCUGUGUGCCUCUCUCUCUCUCUCUCUCCUCCACCUUGUCGUAGAGAGGAGGCGGCCAUGGAAGCUGCCGCGAUCCAUGCGCCCACCACCACCACCUCCUCCGACUCCGGCUCGUGCGUCACCAAUGGCACGCGAGAGAAGCGCGAGAUCUCUAAGCACAAGCAGCUCAAGCGGAAGAGGAGCACCUCUCCUGCUCCUCCUCCCGGCUGCGGCGGCGGCCAAGGACAGGAAGCGGCGGUGGAGACUGACGCUGACGCUGGCGCCGCCGGCGAGGAGGAGAGCAGCAGCUGCGGUGGCGCUGGCGCCGGCGAGGGCGAGCGCAAGAGGGGUGACGCCGGCAGGCACCCGUCGUACCGCGGCGUGAGGCGGCGGAGCUGGGGCAAGUGGGUGUCGGAGAUCCGCGAGCCGCGCAAGAAGUCGCGCAUCUGGCUCGGCACCUUCCCGACGGCGGAGAUGGCCGCGCGCGCGCACGACGUGGCCGCGCUCGCCAUCAAGGGCCGCGCCGCGCACCUCAACUUCCCGAGCCUCGCCCACACGCUCCCGCGCCCGGCCUCCACCUCACCCUCCGACAUCCAGGCCGCCGCCGCCCUCGCCGCAGCUGCAGCCGCCACCGACCAAUGCGAGUCCUCCUCCUCUGCCGUCGCCGCCGCCACCGCCACCGACGCCGAGGCGGCGGAGUCCACCUCGUCGGCCGCGGCCAGCCCGUGCGCCGCCACCAGCAGCGUCGAGGAGAACGCGCUGUUCGACCUGCCCGACCUUCUCCUCGACCUGAGCGACGGGCUCUGGUGCUCACCCGUCUGGACGACAGCGCCGGCCGAUCAGUACGACGCCGGCGACGACGGCGACGACGCCGCGGCGCCGCUCCUGUGGGCCGAGCAGUGCUGGAUGGACGCCCCAGCGGCGCCCGUGCAGCCUGACUAAUUAAGCCAAUCCACCUGCUCCGACUCGCCGGCCGGCCAUUGCACCGGUUGGGUUGGUCGCAGCAGUCAACCUAUCGACACCAUGGGCGUCUUUUUCUUUUCUCUCUGUUUUUUUUUCUUUUUUGGAGGUGCCUUGCUUCGUGUGCAGUGAAACGGCGCCACGCCGCGUUUGCGGUGGGCGAUCAGGCGAUGUGAUUUAAUUAAUUACGGAGGGGAAGUCGUUUUAGCGCGAGGUGAAACAGCGGAUUGCAUCGAUCGGCGGCAAGAACUGCCUAGACAUUUCAUUGAUCAAAUUACUAAUUACUCCCCUUCGUGGUUGUGUGUAAAUCAAUUCGGCAAACAUUUUGGGAGAGCCUCGUGUAAUUUCGUCUUUUUCUUCUUCUUCUUUUUUAUUUUUACAGUAGUAGCGUGCAUUGUAAAUUUUAGAGAUGUGCUAUAUAUGCCUAUGGCCUAAAAAGUAUUCAGAGACGUGCUAUAUAAACGAUUUUGCUUCAGAUAACUCGAACGUUCAGUCAUAUUUCUUCU